CGCUGAUAAAACUCGUAGAAGCUUAGGUGAGACCCGAGAAGAGAGGAGAGCGACCCAAAGAUGAAAACCCGAAAAAAGGCUUCAUUACUGAAAUUUGUUAUUACCCUAGCUUCAACCCUUUGGACCGAUUGUUUGGCUGAGGUGAUUUUGACUUUCCUGGGAAAGCUCGGGGAAAUAAGAGAAAUGGUUAGAAUGACGAAAAUGCCACUGAGCUUAACUCCUAUGGACCUUCCUGCUCUUGUGUCCGAUUGGUGGGACGACAUCAAUGAUUCGACUCAGUGGCAGGAUGGCAUCUUCUACACUCUUUGCGCCGCUUAUGCCCUAGUUUCCUCCGUUGCCCUGAUACAAUUAAUAAGGAUUGAAUUGAGAGUGCCUGAAUACGGUUGGACGACACAGAAGGUUUUCCAUCUUAUGAAUUUCAUUGUUAAUGGAGUGCGUGCGAUUGUUUUCGGGUUUCACAAACAAGUAUUUGUAUUGCAUCCCAAGGUACUCACAUUUGUACUGUCGGAUCUUCCAGGCCUUCUGUUUUUCUCCACGUACACUUUACUUGUCCUGUUUUGGGCAGAGAUUUAUCGUCAGGCAAGAAGCUUACCAACGGAUAAACUCAGAAUUUUUUAUAUUUCAAUCAAUGGUGGUAUUUACUUUAUACAGGUCUGCAUUUGGGUAUACCUCUGGAUAGAUGACAACAGCGUAGUGGAAUUCAUUGGAAAAAUAUUUAUUGCAGUGGUGUCAUUUAUAGCUGCGUUAGGAUUCUUGUUGUUUGGAGGAAGAUUGUUUUUCAUGCUAAGAUGCUUCCCUAUUGAAUCAAAAGGAAGAAGGAAGAAGCUUCAUGAGGUUGGAUCUGUUACGGCCAUUUGUUUCACCUGCUUCCUUAUUAGGUGCUUUGUGGUGGUUUUAUCUGCUUUGGAUUCAGAUGCAUCACUUGAUGUUUUGGACCAUCCAGUUUUGAACUUGAUCUAUUACAUGCUGGUUGAGAUCCUACCUUCAGCUCUAGUCUUGUAUAUCCUGCGUAAGCUGCCUCCAAAGAGAAUAUCUGCCCAAUAUCAUCCUAUCCGUUAGCUUGAAUGCCUCUUUGUUCUAGG